GGGGGUUGUUAAAAGGGGUUGCGCAGGAAGCUGACAUGAGUUUGUGUUCAUUAUUUCUGCAGAGUUUGCUGUAAACGCGGUCCAGGCGAGAAAUAGUGAGAAAUUCUUACAAGUUUUGUUUCUUUUUUCGUUUAAAACAGUUACGCCGUCCUAAAAGAAAGCCCGCCUGGCGUUUUGCAGAAACCGUGCCGCAGCCGUGUCUCAGUUAGCUGGCAUUUAAAAGGGCUGACCUCACCCUCGCAGGGAAGCGCUAAAGCCAUCGGUGUACCGCUGAAGAGCGGAGUGGAACAUCAUGUCUCAGGCGACCAAGAGAAAGCACGUGGUGAAGGAGGUUCUGGGAGAUUACGUCAUCCCUUCAGAACAGCAACAGAUCGUUCGGGUUCUGGGAACUCCUGGGAACAACCUCCAUGAAGUGGAGACAGAGCAGGGAGAGCGAUUCCUGGUCACCAUGCCAACCAAAUUCAGAAAGAACAUCUGGAUUAAACGAGGUGAUUUCCUUGUCGUGGAUCCCAUUGAGGAAGGAGAGAAAGUGAAAGCGGAGAUCAGCGUAAUCCUCCACAAGGAUUACAUCAGAUACCUGCAGAAAGCAGGAGUCUGGUCUGAAAAGUUCUGCGCGGGAGCGUCCGAGAUUGACAGCGGCAGCAAAAACGGACACUCCGAAGUUGAAAAAGCUGAUGGCUGCUUGGAGGAGGAGGAGGGGGGGUCAGAGGACAGCGAAUCAGAGCCGGACGACAGCGACCUGUUUGUGAACACGAACCGGGUGAACUACGAAUAUACAUACAGCGAGGAGGAGGAGGAAGAGGAGGAAGGCAGUGCAGACGGGACGACCUGAUCUGUUCUCAAUCUUCCAGGAACACAAGCCCCCCCCCUCCCCCAGAAGAGAGCCGUACAGCACUCUGAACGCCGCAGUGUUCUCAGACUCCUUGGAGCCGCACCUACUUGAUACUUGAAGACUCCCCCGCCCCUCCCUCAUCUAACGCAGGGGUUCUCAAACCCGCUCCCGGGAGGAGGGGAGGCUAAAAUCCUACAUUUCGUUAUCUUGGGACUUUCUAAGAGUUUAUGUCUGGGGAGAACUGAAGCAUUUCAUUUCUCGCCAAAAGAAACUUGUAUGUAUGUAUGUAGAUAUGGAUUAUAAAUACACAUUACAAAGUAA